GCUAUUUUUGUGCGUUUCGCUUAUUGUAUAUUGUUCGUGUUCGCGAGAGACAGCGAGGGUUGUUUUGGUGGUGUGUGCGGUGAUUGUAACGAUUGCGAGACGACCGAAACGUGCCGGGAAGCUAACCGCGAACCGAUUGCCGGUUGCAAACCAGUCCGAGUUAUACCGUGCACGGGAAAGGAACAGCUCAGCUGCAAGCAGUUUAACAGUUUUCAUUUGCGCGAAGGAAUCUCUAAUAAAAGUUGAAGAGCACCAUGGCCCUUGCCGAGAACACCACCAAGACGGAAAUGACGCUGACGGAAACCUCGACGCCCGUCAUCUCGAAGGAGGUGAUCACCGAACGUACGGCGGACGGUGUGUCGGAGAAGAACGUUACCCAGUCCAAGAGCUACGGAUCGGCCAGCGAAAAGUCCAUGGUUGAAGAGUCGGCCAACUCCAUCACGAAGAAGCACGAAAAGUCCGAGUCAGCGUUCGCCUCGGAGCGCAGUGUGACGGAGUCGGUGUCGGACGGUGGCGCCCUAGCCUCUUCGCUGCUGUCCUCCUCGUCGCUGGUCAGUUCCGUCACGAGCAGUAAGGUGGUGUCGUCCUCGUUCAGCUCGUCCACCUCGUCGUCGAUCUCGUCUUCCAUCAAAUCCUCAUCGUUCGAUUCCAGUACCGCGAUCGAUGAGUUCUUCAAGAACUGAACGGCCGGGCGGAGAUCGGUUCGUUCGCCUUGUGAUCACUAUUAUGAUACUUUUAUGAUUUAAUGUGUAACGUUUCGAAUUCAAACAAUUUAAGCGUGUUUUGUUCCCACCACAAAACUACCGCUACCAAACUCAUCGUUUCUUCGCUCGCCUAGUACAAUUAUAUACCGCAGCUCAUCUGUCGUCUGUCUGUUCGAAAAGAUCAACAAAACAUAACUUAAUCGUUCGCAUCAACAGUGUGUUCGGAAUAAAAUAAGAAUAAAGGAAACAAAU